UUUAUACAAGUAAUAUCUGUUUUUUUACAUUGGGAACAUCUCUCCUUGUUAAUUGUAACCGGAAAAUUUUAGGUGUAGUUUACAACAAGAGCCUUGUUUUCCGUCGGAAGAAUCUCAACAACGGUCCUUCUACUUCCUCGUGUUUGGGUGGACGGGAACGGGAUUUCGAGCUCAGCUGAAAUAAGCCACCAAAAUGCAGGAUCCAAACGCAGAUACAGAAUGGAAUGACAUUCUCCGGAAAAAGGGCAUCCUUCCCCCCAAGGAGACGCCGAAGGAGGAAGAGGAAGAGGAGCAGCAGAUCCUUCAGCAGUCUGUUGUAAAAACCUAUGAAGACAUGACUCUAGAAGAGCUUGAGGAGAACGAGGAUGAGUUCAAUGAAGAGGACGAAGUAGCGAUCGAGAUGUACAGGCAAAAAAGACUUGCAGAGUGGAAAGCCAAUCAAAUAAAGAACGUGUUUGGGGAGGUGGUGGAGAUAUCCGGUCAGGAUUAUGUGCAAGAAGUAAACAAAGCCGGUCAGGGCAUUUGGGUUGUGCUGCAUCUGUACAAACAGGGCAUUCCCCUGUGCACACUGAUAAACCAGCACCUUUCUCAGCUGGCCAGGAAGUUUCCUCAGACCAAAUUCCUCAAGUCCAUCUCCACCACCUGCAUCCCCAACUAUCCCGACCGGAACCUUCCCACCGUCUUCGUCUACUUCGAGGGCGAAAUGAAGGCCCAGUACAUCGGGCCACUGGUUUUCGGGGGCAUGAACUUAAAAGUUGAGGAGCUGGAGUGGAGGCUGUCGGAAUCUGGAGCAGUGAAGACAGACCUGGAGGAGAACCCCAGGAAGCAGAUCGAGGAUAAACUGAUGUCAUCCAUCCGAAGCUCCAUCCCAAGCAGGAGGGACAGCGAGUCUGAGGAGGACGAUGACUAGCCAUCUGAUUCAGACUGCUUUAGGACAGUUUGUGUGUGUGUGUGUGUCUGAUUUGCUGGCUCCCUCUUGUGGUGGUGAAACAAGCUGCAUGCUUUUCCUUCAACGGUUUUUUUUAAUGGCAGCACAGCUGGGUCACCAAGGACACCAACAUAAGAUUCUUCUCCAGCGGCCAGGAGUCUUUUCAGAAGGGGAGUGAUCAGGUUGGCAUAUGAUUUACCUCUGAGGCCCAGUCCUGUAUGAAAAGGGUUUUCAUACCUAUGAUAUCAUCCCAGAGAGGAUGAGGCUUCAUAGAACCCCCCUUUCUAUUAUUGACUCUGUCAUUUAAACUGACUAAACUGACUAGAGAGGAGGGUUUUGAUUGCUGCAUAUCUGUCAGUGUAUCUGGUAAUAUCACCAUUUUUGUGAUUCUGAAGCUUAACUAUCUGGUCAUCUGGGAGGACUACUUUAAAAUCAGAGUGGUCAUUUUUUUGGGCCCCAAAGCUGAAUCAUGUGUUCAAUUGACCAUAUCCUUUUUAAUGCAGUUGCCAUCCAAAAAGAGACUGUAACCUGUGUCCCUCUGUCACACCUCUUAAAGAAAUGAUGUCAGGUGAUAUGAGGAAGUCACACCUCCAUGCAUUAACCUUAAUUUUGUAGGUUCCAUAAUACAUAAAAGGAAAUUAUACAUUUUAAAGGAAACAAAAAAAUGUAUAUAUUGCUCACUGUACUUAAAACCGCCAUUUUUUAGUGUUCACCACGGAUUAUGUCAUUUCAUAAACAGCAUUUGACAAUACGGA